AGCUCACUGGCGUUCCAGCUAGUGUACGACCUUGAACAAUAAGCAGAACUAAGUUGAGGAAGGAAACAUACGUGUGGUUCUGAAGAUCGUUUCAUCAAAGGCUGGUGUGGAAGCAGAGCUGAGAGUUUCUUCACAGACUGGCGAUAUUCCCGAUCCAACAUGCCUUGUUUUGCCCGGCCGACCACCAUUUUGCUUAUCCUUGGAUUGUGCUCCAUCGUCCAUGUCAGGGAGGUUCGCGGUAUCUUUCGUCGUUUCCAGUCACAGCUGGCCGACUCGUUUCAGCCAGUCGUCUACGCCAGAAGACUGCAUCGGGUACCACCACCGCCACAGGCCUCACCGCCGCCACCCCUGCGCGACUGCCCCUGCAGCUCCAAUCCAUGUCUGAAUGGAGGCGUGUGCAGCUCUGUGCCUGGUAGUGUACCAAACACCGUUGACUUCAUCUGCAUCUGUCAAGAGAACUGGAAUGGUACCACCUGCGACUUUUGCCCGUCAGGAAGUCCCUUAUGUAGCGAGACUUGCCUUCCUCAUCGUAACAACGACAUUUGCAACGACGGUGGACCAGGGGCCUUCGACACCCAAUGCCCGCUUGGGACUGACUGUAACGACUGUUUCUCCCGGUGUCUCUGACCAGCUAGAGUGGAAUGGAAUCUUUCGCGGUCUACAAAGAUGGGGAUACAAAUUUAAAUCACAAUACUUUCUGUAUUUCUGGUUUUGUUAAGUGGAGUUGAUUUCACACAAACAACCAGAAUGACUGCUAACUUGAAUGUUGAGACCUUUGUUUCUUUGAAUAGACACUGAGAUAAGUUUGUUUUCUGGUAGAAUUUAUAAGAGCAAUGCAUGUACCAAAAUGUUUGAAGUGUUCCACACUAAAAGCUUUUGAACAAAAAUUAGCAAAAAACUGAAAACGAAAAAAAAAAAGGAAAGAGGAAUAAAACUUUUCUUUUGGCAAAAUAAUCAUGAGAGAAA